GGGAUUCAUAUUGGCCUAAUCAGUGAAGUAUUCACAGCUUGCUUUCAACAAUUUGAAAAUAAUCGAUGCAGAUUUCCCCAAAACAUGAAAGCAAAUAGUGACCACAGAGGAGGCGCAUCCUGGUUGUGCCCAUGUGACAUCUGUUGCACAUGAACCCUUUGAAAUUCUGCAGCCAGAUCAAAAACCAGAACGAGUUGCAACACAUGCUGAGGCCAACACAAGGACGACGGCCCCCCUUGUCGUCGCCUCGAAGAGGGACUGAUCGGGUUGUUGGGAUUCUUCAAUGACCAUUUCCUCCGAGCCGGACCAGUCCAUUUGGAAAGGUGUGCGCUGGGACACGUGCUCCAACACCGCGCUCGGCCGGGAAGGAACACCAACCUGGAAAUGACACACAACAUUGACUCCCCGGAAUGGGUCCUGGUUGCAACUGAGCGUGACAGCGCACGAGACCCUCGGGGUGAGGAACACACCCCUGCGUGUGAAAACCCCACGGAGCAGAGUGGUCCACUCAGCCGAGCCUGGCUGCGAGGGGAGCGCGUCCACCUUUUCACGACUGAUGGAAACGUGACGCCGGAGGAGGAGGGAAAGAAAAAGGAAACGACAAGCAGAGAGAGAGCCCUGUGGAACAACUGACAGUCUGGCUGCUGUGUUCCCCAAGUGUCUGCGAAAUGUCCACGAAGGCAGAGCAGUUUGCCUCUAAGAUACGAUACUUGCAAGAGUAUCACAACCGUGUGCAACACAAUAUUUACCCUGUGCCCUCUGGAACAGACAUUGCAAACACACUGAAAUACUUUUCCCAAACCCUGCUCAGCAUUCUGUCCCGCACAGGCAGGAAGGAGAACCAGGAAGCUUCCAAUUUGGCCGUGCCCAUGACCAUGUGUCUUUUUCCUGUGCCAUUCCCACUCACCCCAUCUCUAAGACCACAAGUCAGUUCCAUCAACCCUACAGUUACUCGCUCCCUCCUUUACAGCGUUCUGCGCGAUGCCCCGUCAGACCGCGGGGGGCAGGGGCAGCAGAGUCGGGACGCUCAGCUCUCAGAGUACCCCUCUCUGGACUAUCAGGGCCUCUAUGUGACCCUCGUGACCCUGCUUGACCUGGUGCCCCUGCUGCAGCACGGUCAGCAUGAUCUGGGACAGUCCAUAUUUUAUACAACAACUUGCCUCCUGCCCUUUCUCAGUGAUGAUAUUCUCAGCACUUUGCCCUAUACUAUGAUCUCCACUUUAGCCACUUUCCCCCCUUUCCUCCACAAAGACGUCAUUGAGUACCUGAGCACAUCUUUCCUCCCCAUGGCUAUUUUGGGCUCCACGCGAAGGGAAGGCGGUGUCCCGGCCUACGUCAAUCUGUCUGCCUCCUCCAUGCUCAUGAUUGCAAUGCAAUACACCUCAAACCCUGUAUAUCACUGUCAAUUGUUGGAGUGUCUAAUGAAGCACAAACAGGAAGUGUGGAAGGACCUUCUUUAUGUCAUAUCAUAUGGACCAUCCCAGGUAAAGCCCCCCGCUGUGCAGAUGCUGUUUCAUUACUGGCCCAACCUGAAGCCACCGGGAGCCAUCAGUGAAUACAGAGGGCUGCAGUACACAGCCUGGAAUCCCAUCCACUGUCAACACAUUGAGUGCCACAAUGCCAUCAAUAAACCUGCUGUCAAGAUGUGUAUAGAUCCCACUCUUUCUGUUGCCCUGGGAGACAAGCCCCCUCCUCUUUAUAUAUGUGAGGAGUGCAGCCAGAGGAUAGCAGGAGACCAUGCUGAAUGGCUUGUUGAUGUACUCCUGCCCCAAGCAGAGAUAUCAGCCAUCUGUCAAAAGAAGAACUGUAGCUCUCAUGUGAGGCGGGCUGUGGUCACCUGCUUCUCGGCUGGCUGCUGUGGGCGUCAUGGCAACCGGCCUGUCCGCUACUGCAAGCGUUGCCAUGUCAACCACCACAGCAGUGAGGUGGGGGCUGCGGCGGAGACCCAUCUGUACCAGACCUCGCCCCCUCCCAUCAACACCAGGGAGUGCGGAGCGGAGGAGCUGGUGUGCACUGUGGAGGCUGUUAUAAGCCUUCUGAAGGAGGCAGAAAUCCACGCAGAACAGCGCGAGUUUGAGAUGAACCGGCGCCGUCAGAUGGGCCUGUCCGCCUCCCACCACUCUCUGGACAACAUCGAGUUUGAUAACAAGGAGGACGACCAGCACGACCAGCGCCUCCUCAGUCAGUUUGGCAUCUGGUUCCUGGUGAGCCUGUGUACCCCCAAUGAGAACACGCCUACGGAGAGUCUGGCCCGGCUGGUCAGUAUGGUCUUCCAGUGGUUCCACUCCACUGCCUAUAUGAUGGACGACGAGGUUGGAAGCCUGGUGGAGAAGCUAAAGCCUCAAUUUGUCACCAAGUGGCUGAAGACAGUGUGUGAAGUGCGCUUUGACGUCAUGGUCAUGUGUCUGCUGCCCAAACCUGUUGAAUUUGCCAGGGUGGGAGGUUACUGGGACAAGUCAUGUAGCACAGUGACCCAGUUGAAGGAGGGCCUGAACCGCAUCCUGUGUCUGAUACCGUACAAUGUCAUCAGUCAACCGCUGUGGGAGUGCUUUAUGCCCGAGUGGCUGGAGGCCAUUCGCACUGAGGUGCCCGACCACCAACUCAAAGAGUUCCGGGAAGUACUCAGCAAAAUGUUUGAUAUUGAGCUGUGCCCCCUGCCUUUCUCAAUGGAGGAAAUGUUUGGCUUCAUCAGCUGCAGAUUCUCUGGCUACCCGGCGUCUGUGCAAGAGCAGGCUCUGCUGUGGCUGCAUGUUUUGUCAGAGCUGGACAUCGUGGUGCCUCUUCAGCUACUGAUUGGGAUGUUCUCUGAUGGAGUGAACUCUUUGAAGGAGCUGGCCAAUCAGAGGAAGGCACGCACCUCAGAUCUGACUGGCAGCACCGGGGCUCGCAGGGUGAGUGUGGUGUCGGAUCCGGGACGCCGUGGGCAGCACAACACCCUCAGCCCGUUCCCCAGCCCCUUCAGGAGCCCGUUCCGCAGCCCCCUGCGCUGCAGCCCCUUUAAGAACCUGGGCCACGCCACCGGCCACUGUGCCCUGGAUCUGGACUGUGAUGAUGACGACAUGAACCUCGGCUGCUUCAUCCUCAUGUUUGACCUCGUCCUGAAGCAGAUGGAGCUCCAGGACGAUGGUGUGAUGCUGGGACUCGACAGCAGCCUGGGGAAGGAUAUUGUGGGCAUUGUCAACAACGUCUUCCAGGCACCGUGGGGGGGCUCACACACCUGCCAGAAGGAUGAGAAGGCCCUGGAGUGCAGCCUGUGCCAAUCCAGCAUCCUGUGCUACCAGCUGGGCUGUGAACUCCUGGAAAGGCUGACCCCCCGGGAAGAGAUACGCCUGGUGGAACCCACGGACAGUUUGGAGGAAACUUUGCUUUUGCCUCAGCAAGAUUUCUCCAUCGGGGCGGAGCAUGGAAGAGAGGAAGGGGUCAACCCAAGUGGCACACACACUGACAACCCCAGUAACCACUCUCCUGAUGAUGCAUCCAUGAAGAAUAACUCUGAGAAGAAAUUCUCCUACCAGCAGCUCCCUGUGUCUUUGAAGCUUAUAUACACCAUCCUGCAGGAAAUGUCCAAGUUUGAGGAGCCUGACAUCUUGUUCAACAUGCUGAACUGUCUGAAGAUCCUGUGUCUCCAUGGAGAGUGUUUGUACCUUGCCAGCAAGGAUCACCCCCAGUUCUUGGCCUUCAUCCAGGAGAAGAUGCUCAUCCCGUCUCUGUGGUCCAUGCUGAAGUCAGAGUUUUGCCAGCUGGCCUCUCUGGCUGUACCUCAGCUCCUGCACGCCCUCUCAUUAUCCCAUGGGGCCGACAUCUUCUGGAACCUCAUCAACUCAAACUUCAACAGCAAAGACUGGAAAAUACGAUUUGAAGCAGUUGAGAAGGUGGCGGUGCUCUGUCGGUUCCUGGACAUUGGCGCAGUGACGAAAAACCACCUGCUGAAGUAUUCGCUGGCCCAUGCUUUCUGCUGCUUCCUGGCUUCUGUGGAGGACGUCAACCCAGCUGUGGCCACCCGAGCCAGGCUGCUGCUGGACACCAUCAAGAGGCCGGCCCUGCAGGGCUUGUGUCUGUGCCUGGACUUCCAGUUUGACACAGUCGUGAGGGAUCGACCCGUCAUCCUCAGCAAACUCCUGCUGCUGCACUCCAUGAAGAAAGACAUUCCCGCGCUGAGCUGGGAGUUUUUUGUCAACCGCUUCGAGACAUUAUCUCUGGAGGCCCAGUUACACCUGGACUGCAACAAGGAAUUCCCUUUCCCUACAACCAUCACAGCUGUGCGAACCAACGUAGCCAACCUCAGUGAUGCGGCAAUGUGGAAGAUACGACGGGCCCGUUUUGCCAGGAAUCGGCAGAAGAGUGUGCGUUCGCUUCGUGACAGUGUGAAGGGAGGCCCGGCCGAGUCUAAACGGGCUUUUUCGCUCCCUGAGUCACUGAGCAACCGAAUCCCUCUAAGGCUUACGAGGCAAGAGCAGUCUGCCCCGACACUGGGAGAUAUGAUAGAGAAAGUCCUGCCAGAGAAGUGGACAGGAUGUGUUGACCCCCGCUCCACCUCUGUGUUGUCGCCCGCUCCUGCACCCCUCCCUCUCCCCAUCCUGUCGGCAGCGCGUUUCCACCCGCACUCUAACCCUGACGCUUCAGGCUCUCUUGUAGGCCAGACGCCGUCUCCCGAGGACGACUCCAUCAUCAGAGACCUGCUUCCCGAGGACGCCGGCAUAGAUCACCAGACAGUUCACCAGCUCAUCAUGGUGCUCAUGAAAUUCAUGGCCAAAGACCAGAGCAGCGCCGAGGCCGACAUCGGCAGUGCCAAGGCCUUCAACACUGUGAAGCGUCACCUGUAUGUGCUGCUGGGCUACGACCAACAGGAGGGCUGCUUCAUGAUCGCGCCGCAGAAGAUGCGCACCUCCACCUGCUUCAACGCCUUCAUCGCCGGCAUCUCCCAAGUGAUGGACUACAACAUUGGCCUGGGGAAACAGCUGCUCCCUCUGGUGGUCCAGGUGUUGAAGUACUGCACUUGUCCUCAGCUGAGACACUACUUCCAGCAGCCGCCUCGAUGCUCUCUGUGGGCCUUGAGGCCACACAUCAGGCAGAUGUGGCUCAAAGCCCUGCUGGUCAUUCUGUACAAGUACCCCUACAGAGACAUGGAUGGCAGUAAAGUGGUCCUCCAUCUAAUCCACAUCACUAUCAACACACUCAAUGCCCAGUAUCACAGCUGCCGUCCCCAUGCCACUGCAGGACCUCUGUACAGCGACAACUCCAACAUGAGCCGCUACAGUGAGAAGGAAAAAGAGGAGGACAGUGUAUUCGAUGAGUCAGAUGUACAUGACACGCCGACUGGUGCUGCUAACAAGGAGUCACAAACCUUCUUCGCCCGCCUAAAGAGGAUCGGUGGCAGCAAGUCUGUGAAGUACCAGCCGGUGGAGCUGAAUGCCAAAAGAAGUGAAAUUGAGCUGUCAGAGUACCGUGAAGCCAGUGCCCUUCAGGACAGCAUUCUGCACUGCGUGAGGGAGGAGAGCACCAGGAAGAAACGGCUGCAGGCCAUGCACAAGCAGAAGUCUCUGGACAUCUCCAACACAGACUCCAUCCUCUUCAAUCUCGACGAGCACAGGCGCAAGUCGUGCAUUGAUCGCUGCGACAUGCAGGUGCUCCCUGUGGUCCUGCCCCCAUCCUCGGCCACGUCACGCAGCGGGCAUCACGGCAAAGGGUCCUCGGAUGGCUCCUCCGUUCGGGCCGAGGCCAACGAUCCCGUGGACCGGCGGGGCUCUCGAGGCGGCCAGUCCGACACCUCCAAACCUGUCAUACCUGAGGUCCGCCUCAGCUGCAUGGAGACCUUUGAGGACAAGUUGGACCAGGGCUCCUUAGUGGGAUCGGCUCAGGGAAAAGAGGACCAAGACCUCAUCGACCUCUCUUCUGACUGCACCUCGAUUCCAGAGAAACACUCGCUGCUCUCAAUGUCCGACACCGACUCCUUGGUGUUUGAACAAUUGCCUCCUUUGAGGAUUGUUGAGAGCGAUGAGGAAUUCGACUUUACCGCCGUCUUAAACUCCAAGUUCAACGGGAGUCCAAAGGUCUCUGCUUCCCCUGCCAGCAGUAACACCCUACGUCUGUCUCCGGUGGUUCAAGUGAGUGUGGAGGACUGCUCCAGUGACAAAAACAACCCAGCCUUUUUGGCAAGAGAUGCAGGCUCAGAGCAAUCGUCCAUGGAAAAGAAGCCAAACCUCGUGACUCCCAGCGACUCUCUGGAUCUUCCUGACCGACUGGGAAAUGUCUGCCAUGAAAGCCCCAUGACCCUGAAGCAGAAACGAGACCUGCUGAGGAAGACCCCUAAUGUCCCAGACACCUCAUUGGACGACACGUCUGUGGCCACUGAAGAGCUGAGGACUGCGAUGGGACCUGGGACAAGUCCCUCGGGUAGGACCAUCUUCUUGGACAUCCCAGAAGACAAAGCAGAACCUCUAUCCUCACCAGAGAAAAGCAAGAGUACCAGCAUCGAUGAAGAAGAGUACGGCGACGAUGAAGAUGAGGACGACAUGGGCGAUGACGCGGACAGCGACCCGAAACCCGACAACGCAGACGACAAUGACGAGGCAGAGUUUAAAAUCCAAAUUGUUCCCCGCCAACGGAAGGAGAGGAAGAUCGCUGUCAGUGCCAUCCAGAGGGAAUACCUGGACAUCUCGUUCAACACGUUCGACAAGCUCGGUGCGGAGCAGGCCACAGAAACCGAUCACAAAGUUCUGUCUACAUUGGAAAAGCCACGAGAAUCGGCCUCAGCCCCAACGCUUGAAGCUGCUAUUCCCGAAACAAGCCAUCGCUCUUCAGUAUCAACUCAGUACCGUCAGGUGAAGCGAGGCUCUCUGGGAGCUCUGACCAUGAGCCAGCUGAUGAAGCGACAGUUGGAGCACCAAUCCAGUGCGCCGCACAACAUCAGCACCUGGGACACUGGUCCUACGAAAACCAGUCUGCUCUCUGCACCAAGCACAGUGAGCAUGUUCGUCCCUGCGCCCGAAGAGUUCAUUGAUGAGCAGCCUACCACAAUGUCUGACAGAUGUCGGGACUGUGCGGCCGUGCUGGAGGAAUACGACGAGGAGACUCUCGGCCUCGCGGUGGUCGUCCUGUCCAUGUUCGUCCACCUCAGCCCCGAUUUGGCCGCUCCAAUGCUCCUCGACAUCAUGCAGUCCGUGGGCAGGUUGGCAUCCAGUGGCAAUUUCUCUGGACAAGCUGAGAGUAUGUUGAUCCCGGGGAAUGUAGCAGGUGUAGCCAAGCAGUUCCUGCGCUGUAUGUUUCACCAGCUGGCCCCAAAUGGCAUUCUGCCCCAACUCUUCCAGAGUAACAUCAAAGAUGGAAGUUUUCUGCGAACACUAGCAUCCUCGCUGAUAGAUUUCAAUGACCUGAGUUCUGUUGCUGCCCUCAACAUGCUGCUCGAGGGCUUGAACAACAAGAAGAGUCUGCCAGCAGGGGGCACAAUGCUGCACUGCCUGGACAACAUUGCCACCUUCAUGGAGGCGCUCCCCAUGGACUCCCCUAGCAACCUGUGGACAACCAUCUGCAACCAGUUCCAGACCUUCCUCACAAAACUGCCCUCGGUGCUUCCUCUGAAGUGUCCCAUGGAUUCCAGCUUGAGGAUUAUCAUUUGUCUGCUGAAAAUCCCGACCACGAACGCGACCCGGAGUCUCCUGGAGCCCUUCUCCAAGUUGCUGAGUUUUGUCAUCCAGUAUGGCAUAUUCAGUCUCUCUUACCUCGUAGAACUAUGCGGACUGUGUUACAAAGCCUUCAACAAGGAGAGAGAUAAGUUCUACAUGUCCCGCAUUGUGGUGCUGGAGCUUCUACAGGCCCUCAAGUUCAAGUCUCCCCUGCCUGACACAAACUUGUUACUGCUAGUCCAGUUUGUUUGUGCAGAUAUUGGUACACGGCUCGCGGAAUCCACCAUCAUCCAAAAGCACAUGAUCCUGACGCUGCCGGGGUGCUCAACUGCAGCGAUGGAAUGCAUGAGGCAGUACAUAAGUGAGCUCCUGGACUUCAUUGCAGAUAUGCACACGCUAACCAAACUUAAAAGCCAUAUGAAGGCUUGCUGUCAGCCGCUGCAUGAGGACACUUUUGGGGGAAAUCUGAAAGUGGGCUUGGCACAAGUCGCCGCCAUGGAAAUCAGCAAAGGCAAUCACCGUGACAACAAAGCUGUGGUGCGGUAUCUCCCCUGGCUGUACCAUCCUCCAUCUACCAUGCAACAAGGGCCAAAAGAAUUCAUCGAGUGUGUGUCUCACAUCCGCCAGCUGUCCUGGCUACUUUUGGGCUCUUUGACACACUGUGCCCUGCACCAGGGCUCCACCUCCUGCAUGCCCAUCCCUCUGGAUGCCGGCUCCCACAUCGCGGAUCAUCUUAUUGUCAUCCUCAUUGGCUUCCCGGAACAGUCCAAGACGUCGGUGUUGCACAUGUGCUCUCUGUUCCACGCGUUCAUGUUUGCCCAGCUCUGGACCAUUUACUGCGAGCAGGCGGCCGCUGUUCCAUCCCUGCAGAACCAGAACCAGACAGAGUUUUCCUCCAGCGCCAUCCUCACUGGUCUGGAGUUCUGGAGUCGGGUUACACCCAGUAUCCUGCAGCUCAUGGCCCACAAUAAAGUCAUGGUAGAGAUGGUGUGUCUUCAUGUCAUUAGUCUGAUGGAGGCCCUGCAGGAGUGCAACUCAACCAUAUUUGUCAAGUUAAUUCCCAUGUGGCUACCCAUGAUUCAGUCAAACCUUAAGCAAUUGUCUGCGGGGCUGCAGUUGCGUCUCCAGGCCAUCCAGAACAGGGUGAACCACCAGUGUCUGCAAGGUCAGACAUCGGGAGCCCCUCCGUUCGCUCUGCGCAAAUGGCUGCAGUGCACCCAGUUCAAAAUGGCUCAGGUGGAGAUCCAGUCGUCUGAGGCUGCCUCACAGUUCUAUCCCAUGUGACCUACUAUCCGGUCACAUCGGAGUGAUCUGGGUCCUCCCACCUGCAUGAAUCUGCUCUGACUGAAACCUCUGACCAAAAAAAAGGACUCUUAUGUAAAAUAAUGCUGUGUGGGAUUCCUUUUGACGGAAUCAUUCAACACCUUAAGUAUAAUAUCUGCAUAUGUACAGUAAAUCUAUGCUAAUUUAAAGUGCUAGCACUGGAACUGAUAAUUAAAGGUCUGCUUGUGUGGGAUAAUUGUAUCAGGUGCCUAACUGUUGUAUUCAACAGAUUUGAAGAGUCAGAAGAUGACUUAGAAUUUCUAUAGACCCAUGUCUACAAUUCUGAAAGCAAUGUGUGUUGUACCUUAGACAUGAUCACUCUGUACCAUUCAGAUUCUAUAACUUUUUAAGGUUACUUGGUUGCAAGCUGGAUAAUAAAAGUAUGAAUUUUUCUAAA